AAUAAUGUCAACACUCAGUUACCUUUAGCGACAGCGAGAGACUGGGAGUGAGGCUCGAAUCGAAACAGCGCAGCAAAGUCUGUCCUAUUAAAGCUGCGGGGCGGCCCUCGUGGCCGGGAUGCCACUGUGUGCCGUGCCAGUCCACAGUGGACGGUGACGGGCAGGAGGAGGGGACCGAGUGCCGGAGACUGAGAGGAGGCGGCUCGCACCAAACGGGAGAAAUGAACCUCUGCUGGAACGAGAUCAAACGAAAGUCCCACAACAUCCGGGUGCGGCUAGAGGCCUUCUCAGACAACAGCGGGAAGCUGCAGCUCUCUCUGCAGGAGAUCAUAGAAUGGCUGACAGCCAAGGACGAGGAGCUGUCGGAGCAGCUGCCCAUAGGAGGCGACGUUGGGGCCGUCCAGCACCAGAGGGAGUUCCACCAGGCGUUCAUGGAGGAUGUCAAGUCCCGCGGGCCGUUCAUCUACUCGGUGUUGGAGUCUGCCCAGGCCUUUCUGGCUCAGCACCCCUUCCAGGAGCCAGAGGAGACCCUGACCGAUGGAAAAGAGGUGUCUCCACGCCGGAGGAUCUUAAAUGUGAGCCGCUCGGUGUGGAAGCAGGCGAACGUGGCCAGCGACCUGUGGGAGAAGCUGACGGCACGCUGUGUGGACCGCCACAGACACAUGGAGAGGACCUUGGAGCGACUGCUUCAGAUCCAGGCAGCGAUGGAGGAGCUGGCUGUGGCCCUGGAGCAGGCGGAGGGGGUGAGAGACGCCUGGGAGCCCGUGGGAGACCUCUUCAUCGACUCCCUGCAGGACCACAUAGACGCCACCAAGUUAUUUAAGGAGGAGCUGACCCAGGUGAAGGAGGGCAUGAAGCACAUCAAUGAUCUGGCCCACCAGCUGGCCAUCUCCGAUGUCCACUUGUCGAUGGAGAACGCCCGCGCCCUGGAGCAUCUCAACAGCAGAUGGAAAGUGCUUCAGGGUUCGAUAGAAGAGCGGCUGAAGCAGCUCCAGGACGCACAUCGAGACUUUGGCCCCGGAUCGCAGCACUUCCUCUCCAGUUCAGUGCAGAUACCGUGGGAGCGUGCCAUCUCCCCGAACAAAGUGCCCUACUACAUCAACCAUCAGGCCCAGACGACGUGCUGGGACCAUCCAAAGAUGACAGAACUGUACCAAGCACUGGCGGAUCUGAACAACAUCAAGUUCUCAGCAUACAGAACAGCCAUGAAGCUGCGGCGAGUUCAGAAGGCUCUGCGAUUGGAUUUAGUGGCGCUGAGCGGCCUGACGGAGGUGUUCCGGGAGCAGGAGCUGCAGCAGGGGGAGCACGUGAUGGAUGUGGUGGAGAUGAUCCACGGCCUGACAGCUCUGUACGAGAGGCUGGAGGAGGAGAGGUCCGUCCUGGUUAACAUUCCACUCUGUGUUGACAUGUGUCUCAACUGGCUGCUCAACGUCUAUGACAGUGCUCGAAACGGCAAAAUGCGAGUUCUCAGCUUCAAGAUGGGAUUGGUGAGCUUGUGCAGCGCUGACGUCCAAGAGAAGUACAAAUACUUGUUCCGGCAGGUGUCUGGUCCUGGAGGUUUGACGGACCAGCGUCACCUCAGUCUGCUGCUCCAUGAAGCCAUCCAGAUCCCCCGCCAGUUAGGCGAAGUCGCUGCUUUCGGGGGGAGCAACGUGGAGCCCAGUGUCCGCAGCUGCUUUCGCGUGGCCCCAGGGAAACCUGCCAUUGAGGUGUCUCACUUCCUGGAGUGGAUGAGCCUGGAGCCCCAGUCGAUGGUUUGGCUGCCUGUCCUCCACCGUGUGACUGCUGCAGAGUCAACAAAGCACCAGGCCAAAUGUUACAUCUGCAAACAGUGUCCCAUCAAGGGUUUCAGGUAUCGCAGUCUGAAGCAGUUCAAUGUGGACAUCUGCCAGACAUGUUUUCUAACCGGCCGCACUUCCAAGGGAAAGAAGCUGCACUACCCCAUCAUGGAGUACUACACCCCAACAACCUCGGGAGAGAAGAUGAGAGACUUUGCCAAGACUCUGAAGAAUAAGUUCAGGUCAAAGCAGUACUUCACCAAACACCCUCAGAGAGGUUACCUGCCGGUGCAGUCCGUGCUGGAAGCCGAGAGCUCGGAGACGCCGUGCUCCUCGCCCAAGCUGCCCCACGCAGACACACACAGCAGGAUUGAACAUUACGCCAGCAGAUUGGCAGAAAUGGAGAGCCAGAAUUGUUCAUUCUUCACGGAUAGCCUGUCUCCUGAUGAAAGUCUGGAUGAAGAUCAGUACCUCCUGCGUCACUCCAGCCCAGCCCUGGACCAUGACUCACCCUGCGGACAGCACAUGCUGCUGGCCCACCUGGAGCACCAGGACAAGGAGCAGCUCCAAUGCACCCUGGCCCGCCUGGAGAACGAGAACAGGGUGCUGCAGGGCGAGUACAGGAGGCUCAAGUGGAAGCACGAGGAGGCGGCGUCGGUCCCCAUGCUGACUGAAGCCGGAGAGGGCGGCCCAGGUUCCCCCACGGCGGAGGGGCAGCAGGACGAGGAGCUUCUGGCCGAGGCCCGGGUCCUCCGGCAGCACAAGACGCGCCUGGAGACCCGUAUGCAGAUCCUGGAGGACCACAACAAACAGCUGGAGUCGCAGCUGCGCAGGCUCAGGGAGCUACUGCUACAGCCCAAAGAUGAUUCGGAGGCCAACGGAUCAGAACCGUCGACCCUGUCUUCUCCUGUGUCCGGAGGAGGUCGCCACGGGGAGCCGGCCAGCAGAGAGACCACCGACACCGAAGCAGCAGGAGACGACAUGGAGCAUGAACAGGAUACAGUGCUGCAGCUCCAGGAGGUCAUCGAGCAGCUGAGAAACGUCUUCCCCUCAGAACCGGGCACCACCUCACACAUCUAACCCCCGAGUGGCCCUGGAGGGGUAAAGUGAAAAGCCUGAAAGGAAGCCUGAUGGCAGGGGGAGGAGCUCCAGACGGCUGAGGUCAGGGCACAAAUCACCGGGGCCCCCGUGACCACUGCAGCAGCGAUGAUACCCAAAGCUAACCCCCCCCACCCCACCCUUACUGGAACUCUGUGCACUAAAAGCCUUUUUUCAUGCAAACCGCUAAAAGGCUCACGCUGAUGUCCGUUUGGCCAGAGCUGCGUUCGAUAACUCCAGCGGCGCAGCCUGACACCAUGUUAACGAGCCAAAGGUAGCUAACGUUAGCAAGCAGGUCAGGGAGAGACUAAAAGUAAUCGGGGGACAUUUUGCCCAGCCAAGACACUGUGCUUACCAGUAUCUGUGUAGUCGUUUGGAGGUGUGAAGCUUUAUAUCAGUCCACAGCACAAAUUGGACCUUCCAUGGAAAGAACUUUUUAAAACAAAACAAAAAAAAAUGCAAAAAGGAAGAUGAAGAAUAAUAUCCCUUUGUGUGUCAGAAUGCCUGUAUCUUUAGCGUGUGUGUUUUUCUUUCCCCCUGAAUGUUUUAUCAUUGUUAUGUUAUGUUUUUGGGUUGUUUUUUUUUUUUUUCGAAAAAAGGGAAAGUGGUGUGUUGAAGCUUUGCUAGCCUGAACGAGAUCAGGGGCCGGGCCGACCGCGCUUCACGUUGGCUGCGUGGUGCGGAUUGUUCAGGGAGUUGAUGGCGCCCACAACAAGCUUAUUUACUUUGUGAGAAUGACACAUCAUCAGUUAAAUCCAUGAUUUAUUUAAGACAGCCAAAGUGCCCGCUAGCAGAGCGCCUCUGUAUGCACACACUGUGUUCCUCUAAUCCUCUCCAACUGCUUGUCGCUCUCAUUGCUCGCCUCUCCUAAGUGAGCCCUUUACGCUCAUACAGAACCACUUGCACUCACAGCUCGUGCACACACACACACACACACACACAUGUGCUGCUACAUCCAUGCCCCCUUAUUGACACAGCACCCUCCUCCUCAUUUUAGCACAAACACACAAACGUCUCCCUGCGUGAUCAAUAACAUGUGCUGCGCUGCAUCACAAACAAAACACACUUUGAUUUUUUUAUUAUUUUUUUUUUCUCCUGUUUCAUCUCUUUAGCUCGCCAGAUUCUGAACGAGUUCUCGGUUUUGAGCCAAUUUGUAUUGUGACUGAAAUUGGGUUUUGUUGAGGAAGCGUCUGCCGAUAAACAUCAGCGAGUAGCCGUCUGCUCGGGAAUCUUUCCCGCUCUCCUGCUGUGUUCAGAGAAAGAAGAGGAAGCGGCUCCGGGCUGCAGCGCUGCCAGGCUUGAGCCCACUUUCACUUCGCGAGGCCAAUUCCACACACUCUAGGGGGCACAAGGCACAUCAUGACGCAGUAUUAUGCAGACUACAUCGUUAAUAAUCCCCCGUCUCCGUGUAGAUUUGAAAAGAACAGUAGCUAUUGACUCCACACACUGUCAUUUCCCCUCGCUAAUGCGCACUUAAUUGCUUUAAGUUACAGAAAGACGAGCGGCUGAAAUGGCUUCGCCCUCAUCGCGUCAGGGUCAUUCUCUUCUAAGCACAGCACGGUCAAUUUAUGCCUUAAAAAAACCCGUAUAUAAAACAAAAUAGUCUUUCUGCACUGUUUUUUUUUUUUCCAUCACAUUCAGGGAAGGAGUUGCAUCAGGCGUGGGUUUGUGUGUCUGUCAGUCCCUGGACAGGCUCGGUGGUAAAUUUAGAGCAACAGGGAAGAAGAACAGCAAAGCGUGGAUCAGAGCACGUGAGCAUCCGUUCAUUGAAAACCAGCUAAAUAGGGCUUUUAUGGGCGAGCCCCCCUGAUGCUCGGGGUGCUUGAAGGGCUAAAGAUCUGAGACGAGAGAGGAAAGGUGGAAAAGAAGAAGAAAUCACUCCACUUUUAGCUGGAGGGCAGGUGGGAGAGAUCUACUUUGAUGUGCCUGCUGGGGCCAAAAAAAAAAAAAA